AUGAGCGUCUGUCGGUUUGCGGCGACAUGUCUGCAUGGCAUUGGUAUUCGUCUACUUCUGUUGGUUCUGUUGGUGGACUUGUCGGUUCUGGUGUCGGUGUCCGGGUACAAGGUCCCGGACUAUGUGAUUGAAUAUGCUCCGAUCAUCUACUUGCGUUCCGACGACCCGUUCAUGCCAAGCGACAUCGCCGGCCAUAUUGUGCAUACCCGACCGUUUCUGGGUUUCGAGCCAAUACCGGAGACGGAAAUCGGUCCGUUGGAUUUGAAUAACCUGUCGUCUCUCAACCGCUACGGUAAUGGCGACGGCAAGGGAAAGGGAAAGGGAAAGGGUGAGAGAGUCUAUUUGACGUCCAUUGACAAUGUCACGAGUAAUCCACUGGCUGAGUGGCUUUUGGGCGAGACACCCGAUGCGACGACGGGGGAACUGUACAAUUCGACGGCUUGUGCGGUGGUAGUUGUGGAGAGUACAGAAUCCAAGGAGCACCAACUGGACGCGUUUUAUUUUUACUUUUACUCGUUCAAUGAAGGCGCGGAUAUCACGCAGGUGUUGCCGCCUUUGAAUCGAAUUUUUCCGGAUGCCAGUCCUGGAAAUCAUUUCGGGGACCAUGUGGGUGACUGGGAGCAUAACAUGAUCCGGUUCAAGAAUGGAAGGCCGACAGGGAUAUAUUUCAGCCAACAUGCCAGCGGGCAGGUUUGUGAUUGGGACGAUGAUGGCUGCUUUUCAAAGAAAGGCCAGAGGCCCUUCGUGUUUAGUGCAAGAGGCUCACAUGCAAACUAUCCAUCUGAGGGGAGCCACGUCCACGACGAAGCCUUGGUCGACAUCGCCGACAAAGGACGGCUAUGGGACCCUGUCAAGCCGGCUUGGUUCUAUAAAUACGAUCCGGACACCGACACGUUUGUCUCUGCAGAUAUGGGCACAGACUCAGGUUCUGGCGAUGGUGGCGACGGCGCCACCUAUCCAACCGACUGGUUUUACUUCCAAGGCGCAUGGGGUGACAAGAAAUACAACGACUCAGAUCCCCGACAGAAAACGGUCCCUUACUUCGGCUUGAAAAAAUAUGAAGAUGGUCCUACAGGGCCCAAAUUCAAACAUCUUGUUCGCAAGGGGUUGAUGCCCGAUGAGAAGCCCAAGACUAAUCUUAUGAAGGUGAUGGUAAGAUGGUAUUUGCGGUUAUAUGGCUGUUGUCUCCAUGGAAUUAAUCCGUGGGUGGUGGUUCUGGGGACUCUUUUGGUUCUUGCGGCAGGUGCUUUUGUUGUUGUGUUUGCGGUUAUUAGGAUUCGACGACUGGUCAAGAGACGGUGGCGGCAACGGAAAGAUAGGCUUGGAGGUGAGCGGGGGGUGGGGAUGAUUUCGGAUAUGAAUAUCCCGUUGUUAGAUCUCGAACGAGUUGAUGACGAACUUGAGAGUUGA